CCCCGCGGUUGCCAGGGUUACCGUUUUACGUCGAUAAAUGUGGAUUGGCAAAGUGAUAGUAUAAUACCGAUAUUUCCCGUCACUGCGAGGCUGACGCUUGUGCGCUGCAUUUCCCAAGCUGGACGAAGGCCUAGGUCGCCCGGGAAGCUGGGAGGGAGAGAGAGAGAGUGAGAGUGAAAGCCAGAAUUUCUUUGUUAUCAGGACUCAAAGAAAUGUCUUCGUGACAGACACUUAUUACCCUGCUUGGCAACAUCAUGGACCUCCGUCAUUGAUUUCUUGUAUACUACGACGGCUCUCACACACGUCUAGCUGCUCGAAGUAACCGCUCGUCCACGAUUCCAGCCGUAGAUAAUGGGCGGUGGAACUGGGUGGCCUGUUCAAAGUCCUCCCAACGACUAACACCUUCGGUAGAGAAAUCCUGGGUCCUCUUUUUAACCAAGAGCUGUAGGACCCGAGGGCUACAGGAAGAAGGACUCCUUUCAGUCAUCGUCGUCACCAUCGGCAACGCCUAGUUUCUUCUUUUUUUUAAUUCUUCCCUGUCAGUAGCGGCCCUGCUGGAGCGGCCCCCCCUCUUCGUCAUAGGCCCUCGGCAUAGGCCCACUGACACCUGUCGUCAGCAAGAGACUUCCCUUAUAAGCAUCCCCGCAUGAGACAAUGGCUACAGAUGCGCAGCGGCGGCAGCUAUGCCCGCGGCUGCUGGACUACAUGGUGGUUGUUGGGGCACGUGCCCCCGUCCGAGCUACGCCGGUCCAGCCUCCCGAACUGCUCCGUCGUUACCCCCCGGACGAUCACAAGGACUUUCCCUUGCCCCUGGACGUGAUAUAUUUCUGCCAGCCCGAAGGAUGCGUGUCCGUCGGGCCCAGGAAGACCUCCCUCAGAGAAGCCACGUCUUUCGUCUUCACGCUCACCGACAAAGACUCGGGCAAGACUCGUUACGGCAUUUGCGUGAACUUCUACCGCGCCGUUGAAAGAGGAAGCCUUGGGGGCGUAGCAAGCACUCGAGGGCGGGAUCGAGGAUCAUCCUUCAAGAGGGAGUCGUGGAGGACGAGCCUCGACAAGAGCUCUGACUCCGCUUUCUCCAGUGAUCACCGAUCAACUCUAGCUCCGAGCGACAGUGAGAGGGAUUGUCCAUCCUCACGUAGGGACUCAGAAAGUACAUCACCUGCUGCUCGUUUGGGUGUCAGCGCUCCUGCUAAUGAUUCUGACACAGGAGGCUCCCAUUCUCCAUCACCAAGAGCAGCCAGGAAGAGACAGCGCAUCCGCAAUCACUCUUUGACUUCGCUGUGUAUCAUCUCACACCAUCCGUUCUUCAGUGCAUUCCGGGAAUGUCUUUUCCUUUUGCGGCGAAUGAUAGACGCUUGCAACGAGAAUGCUUCGCCAAGAAGAGUAGGAGCAUCAAGGCAGAACAACAGAGACACAGUAUGGAGUGUGAUGACAGGGCGUCCACACGAUGGGGUUCCUAGCAUUAUUAUGCAUGAUGUUAGGGAAAUUGAAACUUGGAUCUUGAGGUUGUUAUCUGCACCUGUGUGUGUUCCUGGCAAAACUCGAGUUGAGUUGGAGUUGUUAUCAAAGGAAUUGCAUUCACCGAUAACUUUUGCACUGCCUGAUCACACACGAUUUUCUCUGAUCGAUUUUCCUCUCCAUUUACCACUUGAACUUCUUGGGGUUGAGUCUUGUCUUACAGUCCUUGAACUAAUUAUGCUGGAACAGAAGGUUGUGUUGCAGUCUCGGGACAAUAACGCAUUGUCCAUGUCAGUGCUGGCUUUUGUUACAAUGAUCUACCCUUUAGAAUAUAUGUUUCCUGUGAUACCUCUACUUCCCACAUUCAUGAGCUGCUCAGAACAGCUCCUUCUUGCCCCAACACCCUACAUUAUAGGCAUCCCAGCUUCAUUCUUGCUCUACAAAAAACAUUUUACCUCUGAGCCUCCCCUGCGUCCCCCCAGGCUUCCGGAUGAUGUUUGGCUGGUAGACCUGGAUGCAAAUAAAAUUUCGCCACCACCUAUCUGUGAUGAAAUCCCCCCUUUGCCAGAACCUGAGUGUACCAUCCUGAAGAACCAUUUGAAACAGUCAACAUUCAGUGCCAUGAGCAUUGAGGAGGACGCACUUCUAAUCCAUGGGCUGUACGAAUCUAACUGGUACUCAAAAUUUCAUCAACUAACUGUUGAAGCUGGGGCGAUAAAAUCCAUGGAUGAGGCAUUAGCUAGCAUGUCUCCACAGCCUCCUCCACCACGCACUGCAGAAGAAAUUCAUCGAGAAAAGUCCCUGGCUACACAUUACAAUCCUUUUAUAUAUGGAAAUGAUGUGGAUUCAGUGGACAUAGCUACAAGAGUUGCAAUGGUUCGAUUCUUCAAUUCUCAGAAUAUUUUAGCCAACUUCACAGAACACACGCGCACACUUCGCCUCUAUCCAAGACCUGUAGUUGCAUUUCAGAUUAAUUCAUUUCUCAGAUCAAGACCUCGUGCCACUCCAUUUUUAAAUAUGUUUGCCCGUACACAGGCUGUUGAGUUCCUAGCAGAAUGGUCUAUAACACCUUCCAACAUGGCUUUUCUUCGGGUGAAUACUGGGGUAUUUGACCCAACUUUGAUUGGAGAUAAAAGUAAAUGGUAUGCACAUACCUUAGAGCCUAUUGGUUUUAGGGUAUGGCAAGAAGGCAGCUCACUUGGUGCUACACUCAGGGCCGGGACACAGAUUGAUAAUCCUCCAACAGAUGAGAGUGGUAGUGACUCGGAAGGUGGAGAGAGUACGAGCAGCUCUUAUUCCUCAUUAAGUGAUUUUGUUGGUGACAUGCCUGAUUUAUCGCCAAACAGUGGUGGAGAUAUGUUCGCGGGGUAUGGGCCGCAAUUUGAAAAGGAGAAGGCCACCCUAUCAUCGGGACUUGAUCCUAGUUCAGUGUUCAAUCCACCUUUGUAUCUUCAGCUACCUGGAACUGUAUCUUCGGACUCUGCAGCUGUCAGUCAUCCUGGAUCUGUGUCUACUUCAUCCUCGCGCUCCUCUCUCUCCUCGGCUGAUCAAAAAGAUGAUGACGAUGAAGAGGAAACAGGUGAAGGCGUAAUGAAACUCGAGGAUGCAGAAAACCUUAUUGCUCCUACACCAACAUUACAUCCUUUACCUCUAAGGACUGAAGCUUUGGAGAAAACAGAUGAGGUCUUCACACCAGAGAGCGAUUCUGCUACAACAACGCCAAAAACUGUAGUGAGCAAUACCCAGUCCCCACUUCCACAUAUAAGCCCAACUCCUUCAGUUAGUAGUGAUGCAUCAAUAGCUACUUCUUCUUCAGAACGUGAUAGACCAACUACCCCUCGACCAAGAACCUUCUCAAAGGGGGCUAGUCCAACACCCCAGAAACAAAGCUCCAUUAGUAGCAUGUUGGCUCGAGCAUCUAGUUUGGGAUCAGGAAGUUCUGGUUCAGGCCCCACAAGACAGAGUUCUCAGAACUCCCUGCUAGAUCAGUUUACUUCUUCAGCUAAGGAGCUGAUAAAAGAAAGACAGGCUUCUCAGGAAGGAUCCUUCUUGUCACAGGUGGAUAAGUUAACGGAACAGUUUCGUAGUCAAGUGACGGAGCGUCUUGAGGUAGUGAAGCAGAGCAGUGGGGAAGAGGGGUCACUACUUAACCAGAUGGAUAAGUCUCACCCGGAAUCAAGUGGACAUUCGCAGAAGGAUAGGCAGGAUGAGGCUCCAUCUCUCUCCAGUCUGGCUGACCAGUUCACAGUACAGGCAAAGAGAGCAGCAGAAGGUGCAAGCAAAUCUGUUUCAGUUGCAAGCAAGCAAGCUCUUGAGGCUAGCAAGCAAGCACAACAGGUGAGCAAGUCUACCUUUGAGGAUAUCCAGUUCAUGGGGAAGCACACCAUUGGAGACUUCACCAAGACAGCACGAGAAGCAGCCAAGAAAGGCGGUAUUUUCUCCAAGGUUAGCCUCAAGGCUCUAGAACUUCGUGAUUCAUCCUUCGAGGGAAAACUUGCUGGGGUCACUGGGAGCAUACCCAGUAGCAGUAGCAUCAGCAGUAUUGGUAGUACAGGGACAGCUGGAAGUAUAGGUGGAAGCAACAUAGGAGGAGGAGGAGGAGGAGGAGGAGGGCCAAUGAGGACAGGAACAGGACCUGGGGUUGCUCAUGGUGGUGGGCCUGGUCCUCCUCCUGUUCCUCAUAGAACAGCACCCACCGCUGUGCCUUCCUCUUCGCCUCCCAUGCUCCAGAGAGGUCCACCUCCAGCAGUGCCUCCACGAUCUCCCAAGGCUCCUUUACAACCCCAAGCUGCUGUUACGGCUCCCCUUCCUACUCAGUCACAAAUAAGUCCAAGCCAGCCUCAACCAAGCAGAAAUGGGACUUCGAGUCGACUGUCUGUAAGCUCAGGAGGUAGUGUUAUGGGUGGCACAGACAUUUCAAGCAUAGGAAGUAGUAGUGGCAGCAGUGGUGGAAUGGGUGUUGGUGGAAUGAAUUCACGACGACAGAGCACUGCCAGCAGCUCUGGUGCACGGUCACCUACCAUGACAUCCUCAUCCUCUCGGGACUUCUUGACAAAUGUGAGCUCAGAGCUCAAUGAUUUUGCACAGCAAACUUCCAGCCUGUUCAGCGAUAUAUUUGUGGAAAAUGGCCAUGGCAGUUCGGCCUCGGUAGCGGCGCCAGCAUCCAGAAGGCUCGGACGCUCCCUCUUGCGUGCUCGUGGUCCUGGGAGCCGCAGCGUGAGCCCUUCCAACCUUGGGGCUUCUACUACUAGGACACGGGCUCAGCCAUUUGGACCUUUCCCCAAAGGACGCAAAGGAUUAGUAGAGAAGUCAUCACUAAUACGACACUCGGUAUCUGCCCAGCGGCGAGCUGAAUUAAGCAAGAUUGCAACUAUAGAGCAAAGAACAACAUCAGCCUCAGAAAAUCAAGCCUUCUUGAAGGAUGUGCUCACCCAAGUCAUUGAAGGAGAAGGAAUAGGAUGGCUUAAACUGAACAGAGUUAGAAAAUUAAUGGAAGAUGAAAGUUACAGAAUGCUGGUGGUUUCAGGCCUUAAUCGUACUUUAGAAAGGAAAAUUGGUCCAGAUGAUCACAUAGAUGAUGUUUGUAUCAAGAAACCAGUGUGGAAAGGAAUGUUGAAGCUGAUUAAUGCUGUUGUUGCUGGUUUAGAAGUUACCUACAACAAUAUAAGUGUUGGAGGUACAUCUUCAGCACUUCAAGCCUUGGAAAUUUCUCAUACUCAUUACUGGAGUCGAGAUCUUACAGAUCCUCAUGUUUUAGAAAUGUCUGGUGGCUCUUCUGCCCUCUCUCAGUCUUCCAGUCCCUUGGGCAGCCUUGAGAAUCUCCCAUCCCCUGGGAGCCCCCAAGGGUCUCCACUUCCUCCUCAUUCUCCUCAACCACCUUAUGAAAGCUCUGACUGUUCAAGAAAGUCUUCACAGUCUGAUAGUCCUUUUCUUACCUCAGGCCCCCGUGUAGUCCAUGAUCCCAUAAGGUCUCCAGAUGCUGAUUUAUCUGAAACGGCAACUGCAGAUGUUCUUAGAGACUUACUAGUACAGAAACGACAUGUAUUACUCUCUAAGCUGCAAUCUCAGGAUUCAGAAGCUGGAGAUGCUGUACCUGGAUCAGAGGGACCGCCAUCUUGUGGGGCAAGUGACACUGGUUCUAUUAUCACUAAUCCUGCAUUUCAAAGACAAAGAGUAUCAAAUCAGUCCAUACGAUCUACAGUAUCAGACUCCGAACUUGAGCAAGGCAUUUUUCCCCGUGGCUCCAAAAGAACCUCAAGUAUGUGGUCUAGUAAAUCCUCACUUUCUACUGGAUUUAGGUACCAUGCUGGUAACAUGAUACCAACAAAUUCCACAACACCUCACCCAGAUUCUGGGAGAACAUAUCUAUUUGAAGGCCUGAUUGGUAAAGAAAGAUCACCAUUAUGGGACCAGAUGCAGUUUUGGGAAGAUUGUUUCCUAGAUGCUGUUGCUCAAGAACGAGAUAUGGUGGGCAUGGACCAGGGUCCCAGUGAAAUGAUGGAAAGGUAUAAUAAUUUAAGUGAAUCCGAGAGAAAAAGGUUGGAACACGAAGAGGACAGAUUGCUAUCAACUAUGUUAUAUAACCUUGUGGCCUUCAUGGUGAUGGUGAAUGUGAGAAAAGAGGACAUAAAGCGAAAAGUGCGAAGACUUCUUGGCAAGUCACACAUUGGCCUUGUAUACAGCCAAGAAGUGAAUGAGCUGCUAGACCAGAUAAACAAUUUGCAUGGUAAUGAUAUUGAUCUCCGGCCGCUUGGAUCUCGUCAGAUGCACAGGCAGAGUUUCACAGUGCAUUCUGGAACAGAUGCAUCUGGAGAUUUGCUGUUCUUGGAAGUUCGUGAUGAUGGCCUUAUUCUUCGCUCGGUUGGUGGAGUCAUUGUGGAACGAUGGUGGUUUGAGCGACUUGUCAAUAUGACCUACUCUCCAAAAAAUAAAGUCCUUUGUCUUUGGAGGCGAAAUGGAGGCCAGACACAGCUCCAUAAAUAUUACACAAAAAAGUGCAAAGACCUCUACUACUGCAUUAAAGAGGCUAUGGAGCGAGCAGCAGCCAGAGGGGUCGGAGCUUUACCGGGAGUAGAGCUUGGUGGUGAAUUUCCUGUUCAGGACAUGAAGACUGGCGAGGGUGGCCUUCUACAAGUUUGCAUGGAAGGUGUUGGACUGCUGUUUGCCACAAGCAAGGUAUUUACACAGAUGGAUGAUAAGGGGGAUGGAGAGGCAAGAGAGACAAAAGAGAGCACAGGAAAAUUCAAUCCUCAACAGUCCAUGACAAGUAGUAUCUCAUUGCAACCAUCAGUGAGAGUGGAAGGUUACAGUUUCUUCGUUCGCUUGGACCAUAUCAGAAAGUGCUUCACUCAGAAAGGAGGAAUAUUUGUUUUAGAGGAGUACAAUCCUAAAACUCGUCAUGUAAUUCAAAGGAAAUACAAAUCUGCAAUGGCUGAUCAGAUUUGUUAUGCAGUAUUGUGUGUGUUUUCUUAUGUGGCUGCAGGAAGUGAACAGAAGAAAAUGGAAGUUGCACAAGAACAUGCAAAGCUUGCAGCAGCAGUAGCUGCAGCUGCCCAUAAACGACAUUGAAAGCCUGUAAAAUAAAUGUAAUACUUUAUUGCAGCUGCAAAUUUCAUUUUGAUAAUUAACAGUAUUGAAUCAUUACUGUAAGACACAGAAGCCUAGUAUUGCAAUUUGGAGCAAUUUUUGGCUUUGUCAGGAACCGUUGAGUUUACCUGUAUGCAGUUCUCAAGAGAACACAUUCAUAAAUAUAAUUGGAAAUACUAAUUAUUGUAGAGCAAUAAGCAGUAAAAGGCUGUCUGAUGUGUGAUAUUCAUUUUGUAAAUGUGACUAUAUUUUAUCUGUUGUGUAACCAAAUUGUCGAGUUCAAAUUGUUAAUUAUCUUUAAUCACAAAGGAUGGCAGGUUGUUUUUCAAUUUUGUAAAAUGUAUGUAGGAAAGAAAACUGCAAGAGUCACUGGUACACAAUACGCAACUCAAUUAAAUGGGUACACUAGGAAAAAGCACUCCAAAAUACAGUCUAUCACUCUUUAAGCAAGUUUGGUAUGAUCUUUGAAAUAUGUGCAGUUAAAAUAACAGAACUUUGUAAAAAAAAAAAAAAAAUAGUUUAGAAAAUAUUAAAAAAGGUAAACAUUACUUCAUAUUGCAUUAUCCCACUUCGGAUGCCCUUUCUGGAUACUUAACUAUAUGUAUAUUGCUUCUGCAUAAUUAUUAUACUCAAAAUUCUCAAGUCUGGUUUUAUAAAGGUCAUAAAAGGUGGAAAAGUGCAGUUUAUAAGAUAAAUUUUACUUGAAAGUGGGAAUUAGUAAACACCAAUGAAACAUGAAAUUGAUAUGUUCUUUAGAUGUUCUUAUACUAUUCUUGAAAGCAUAUCUGCUAUAUUGCUGUGAAUUUUUGGUAUUUUGCUAUCUAUAAGAAUACUACAGCUCUGAGUCUAUACAUACUUAUUUUAAAUGGAACUCGUUAAACUGUUUGAUGAUCCUUACCAGUGAAUAUAGAUUUCCUUUAAUUGUUGAUUCUGUAAUAUAUUUCAAAUUUGUACUUUUUGAUAGACACUGGUAUUUGUGCUGGUGCUACAGUAAUAGGUAUUAUCUUGUACUGUGUACUAUACUUCAGAAUUUUUACAAUAAGUGUUGUAAAUGUUUAGGCUAAUGCAUGUGUAAAUUAUUGUACAUUGUGUAGAUAUUGUAAUUUGAACAUUGUUAUUCUGUAUGUAAGUACACGUCCAAACCUCAUUAAUGUGCGUGUAUUUUGUUACUUGCUUUUUCAUUUUUGUUCAUCACAUAAAAAGAAAUCAGUGCCUACCACAUGUAAUACUUUAGACGUAGCAGUAGAUUAGUUUGGUAAAAUGUUAAAAUAUUUAAUUUUGUUACAUAGGUCUGUAGUCAUGUGGUCCUAUUUAAUUUUGUAUAAUUACAAGACUGAUAUCUACAAAAGAAAGAAAGGCUUAUUAAAAAAUUAAAUAAAGAAAAACUGAAAUGUUACAGGAUCAUUUAAGGAUGUCAGAAGUACAAUUCUUCAUUAAAUUGAUUUUUUCAGUCAUGUAGAAGCUCUUGACUCCAAAUACAUAACUGAUGACCUAAUGAAGAUAAGAUAAAUGUUAAAUUCUGUGCAUUAAUCAUGUAUGCACAGUAGUACUGUUAUAUGAAGAAUAUUAAAUACUGGGCAUUAAUUAUGUAUGGUACGUACGUGUAAAUUUUCAUAGUCACGAGUGUUUAUGCAGAAUAACCUUGUACAUUGGCUGAAUAAAGAUAUAUGAAAUUUUAUGUUCUCAAGAACUGUCGGGAUGGUUCUCUGAAAUGUACUUUUAUUGCUGUGGGUUAUAAAUAUAAGUGCACUCUUAAAACCAACUCCUCACAUAUGUAAAGAAUAAUGAUCAAAUAUGGUAUGUAAUGAGAAUUAUAAUGGUUGUUCUUAGCCUGGCUAACAGUAUACAAAUUUUAUGGCGCUGAGAUUUUGUAAAAAAAAAAAUAGCAUACAUCAAAAUCCAUGUAACUUAAAUAAGUCUAAACUAACAUUCCAUAUUUGAAAUGAGUACUAAACCUGUACAUAAAAAGGCCUCAAUUUAUUGAUUUUGUUAAGAAAUUUACUUUGUAUAAACAGACAGGCUUAAUUGAAAAUGUACAAUGCUAUAUGUUUCUACUCUCAAAAUGUUUUGUAAUGUUGCAAGUAGAUAAAUACUUACAAUAAACUUUAAACCAUUUUUCUGUAUGUGCAACAUUGGUUAGUAUAAAUGGAACACAUUACCUUAGAAGUUAUUGACUAAACAGCACAUGGCAAUCAGUAUUAUCUUGCAACCUACAUUCUUGGAGGAAAUGUGUGCACCAUAAUAAAAAAUAGUUCUUUAUUGUACAAAUAGCAAGCCUUUAAAAUUCUUCAUAUGCCAUUUCUCUAACUUGCAUAUGCCAUUCAAAUAUGAGUGGGCCAUUUUGGGGAAUUUUCCAAAUAAAAAUUAAAAAAUACUGUGAAAAAUAUAACCUUCAAAUGACACUAUCAUUAAUAUUGUGUAUAGCUCAAAGUGCCUUUUCAGUUGUAGGACGUAUAUAAAGCAGUACCAUUUCCCAUGCAUAUCAGUACAGUAUAUUCAGUAUUACUGUUAAAAGCCAAUUAACAAUGCGGACACAAAGGUACAUUUAAGAGAACUUUUCUCCUCAUUAAUCUGAAGUUAUUGUGGUUAAUGUUACUUGUACGUACGUAUGUACUAGCAUAAAAAUUAAAUUGCAAAAGUUAUGGGGAAAAUACUGUAACCAAAAAUCUUAAUGUCUCUCUACAUUAGAUUUUUUUGUACAAUUGUCUGUGAUUGCUAUAAGGUGAUUUUUUUGUGUGUGCUGUAGUAAAAAGAAGAAUAAUAAAGAUUUUUAUUCCUAUGUAUCAAUGUUAAUAGCAUACCAAACAUGAAACUGAUGUUACUAUGAUUAUCUACUAUAAAUUAAACUUCUUCAUGCCUACAUUACUACUGUGACACACGACAUAAUGCAUUUUUGGUCUGUAAAAAAAAUAUUGUUCUUGUUAUUUAGAAGUUCAAGCCAACAAUGUUACUAGGCUUUCAUUGGUCCCAUAAAAUGAAUAGUUAUUAAUGUUAGAGUAUCACUAGCUUCUGAAGGUCAGUAAGUAAAAUUAAUGGAUCUUUGGAUGCUGGUUAUCUUGGCAUAUAGUACUAGACAAAAUAAUAAUAAAAGCUAAUCAACUGGUAGCCUGGUAUCCCAAACAGACUGCAAUAUCCUGAGACCUAAUAUGUAACUGAUGCCCAUACUUUCAGUCUAGUGGGAACUUUGCCUCAAUAAAUUUUAUUAUGUGGAACAGGUGACGUACUUCAAGUGAGGAUAACCCAAAGAAAACUCGGGUAUAAAUAUCAGAGGUUUUGAGUCACCACACAACACAAAAGCCACCAACUAAAGGUCCAACAUAGGCCAAAUUACUGACAGCUUGUAUUGUGUGAACAAUAUCAAUACUCUGUAGAAUAGAAAGGUAAUGAAUACACUGCAAAGCUAUGCAAGUAACAAAUAUACUGCUUGGAAUGCAUUGACUAGCUAAAUAAAAGGUUCAGGCUAACCUAACUAAAAUUGUGACUCCAGGUGAAGGCCUUUCCAAAGCAAUGGUGGGUAACUGCUUAUACUUGGAUAAAAUUUAAAUUAAAAGAACUCGCAACAAUACUGGAUUCAAUUUAAAUUAAAAGAACUCACUACAGCUUUUAUAGUUAAUGUGCAAAUGGAAACUUCAAAUUAUAGGAGAAAUACCACAAAAGCAAAUUAUACAAAGACAUGUAACCAUAACACUAUCAGUGACAAAGAAAGAGAACAGUGUGGUUCAGGACAACAGAUUACUAAAGGAAGAUUCAGUCAGAUCGCAGGGUUCCCAACAACUAUAGUCCUGGCUGGACUCAUGAAUGAUUAACUUCUUUGUUAGAUUUGAUAGUUAUGAAAAUGGAAUUUGCAUUAAAAAUUUGUAAUAGUAUAGUAUAGGCAGUCCCCGGGUUACGUCAGGUUCAGGUUACGUUGUUCUGGACUUAUGAUGCUUGCCUCAUGUGCUGUUAACCACAAUUUUUCAGCACCGAAAGUGGAUUUACGGUGCCAUUACCUGCUUUACGGCACUGUAAGUGUUAUGUAUUCCUAUUAUGUAUAAUUAAGAUGAUUCGUUAAGGCAAUUUUUGGCUUGCAGCAUCCUGCUGGGAAAAGAACCCUCACCGUAUCCUGGGGACUGCCUGUACUGCUAUUCCAAUAAUGUUCAGCAAAAUACAUCACACAUGACACCAGAGGUGUUAAGAGAGAACAUUUACAGUGAGAGAGUCAUACACAACAGAACCAGUAAACCCUAUAAGCCAAGAUAUACAGUAUGUACUGACCAUCAAACAACAUAUGAAAGAUACCUUAAAAGACAUACAACUUACAAAGAUCACAGUAUGUAUGUGUACAGCACUGUAGUCGUAUCUGACAAAGUUAUCCUGAAGUGAGAAAAUAAUUUGAUAAGCAGUGCUGUACUUAUUAUUCCAAACAUCUGAAAUUGUUGAGGAUAAACCAAUAUACAUCCUUAAGAAAACUAAAUCUCUAUAUUUAAUUAAAUUCGUAUGUAAUUCAUGUACAGUAGAAUUAAAAACUAGGUUUGAUAUUUUGUUGAAAUACAGUACAUAUCCUAUGAGAUUAAAUUAAUACUGUACUGUAAUCUGUGUAGUAUAGUGUACUGUUAACAUUAUUGUAUUACCCACUAAAUUUCUUUUGCUGUAUCCAAGAGGUCGACUCAGUUUAUACCUUAAAUGCUAGUACAGUACAAUAACCUUUGCUAAAUGACUUGUAAACAAUUCUGAAUACUAUGUCACUUACUACCACACCAAAUAAGUUGCUUUCCUUUAUGUGGCCUUAUAAAUCUGAAAUAGUUUCUCGAAUACUAAAAAAAAAAAAAAAAAAUCCUAAACAUGUUGCAAGUGAAUAACAAUCAAGUGACAUCCAAAAAAACAGAACUUCAACCAUUUCUUUCAAAAACAAAUUUUUCAUGGAGAGCACUGGGACUAUUUAAGGUUUAGUUGUCAGUGUCACUUUUAUUUUCAGUAUAAGCACAUUUCUAUGGUAACCACAGCAUAAGACUUAAAAUACAAUAAUAAUAUUCACUUACAUAUAUUUCAUGAUGUGACUGUUGUAACUUAUUGAAUUAAUGACUAGAACAGCACGCACUUUACAGUGACUGAAUACGCAUGUAUUUUUCAUUAUAAAUCAAGUAUCUGCCAUACAGUAUUUUCCUUGUUUAUAAAAAGUUUAUAUUUCAUUUACAUCAACUGUGAAUGGAAUAUGAUUUCUAUACUAUUCCCUUACGAUAUACUUAAUAUGUACAUUUCUCCAAAGAGGCAAAGGAAAGUUAAGCAUCUCACGUCUGAAACAAAUAGAAUGUGAUAUGGUUUAUCUGGUCUCAGGAACAUUCAUAAUUCAAAAGUGAUUUAUCUUAAUUUAUUACAAUUACUGGCUUAUGAUACCAAUGCAAAAAAAUUCCGAGAGUCAAUUCUGUAAUGUUAAAGCCUUGAAAAAUAAGUUGAUGAAUUUUUUCCCAUACAUUCAUGAAGUCAUGAAUGACUUUAUAAAUUAUAAUUAUUUUUUCCAAAUUUAAAGUAUUUUCAUGUAUAUGGUACAGGGUCUUCUGUUAAGCAAUGAGCAGAUUUAUGGUACUCGCAUGCAAUGUAAAUUCCUUGGGUAAUCACACAAUGUACAAACUUCAACAUAUUUUGACCAAAUCUCAAGACAUUUUUCUUACUGUGGGUAUCAGUUUCAAGUAUCCUUCAACUGUAAGCUAUAUUCUAGAAAAGCAUUUCUGCAAAAAUCUAGUAGCUUUCUAACCUUGCUGUAUGUCUUUAUUCAACGUGAGCCUUAAAUAGGGACUAAAAGCUUUAGGAUUUAUAACAUCAAUACUAUGUAUCAAAUAGAGUAAAUGAAGGCACUUCCAUCUUUGACCAUUUUAAAAUCCUUAAUGCCUCUAAUAAAAAUGGACUUGUAAACAAACUACAACUUUAUCUUUCUCCACAAGGACAGCAUUUUCCAUAACGAGGAAUAAAGAAUGACAUCUGACUGUUGCCAUUUCUAGAACCAUUUCAAGUUUAUCUUCAUAUAAUUAACUUUAUAGCCGAAAUGAAUGCGGAAGAAAUUAAAUACAUCAGACUUGGUGCAAGUUAGCCGUAACAUUCACUGCUCUGUAAACACAACAUCAUGUAGUGUAUAUUAAUGCACGUAAAAUUAUACAGUCUAUAUUAUAUUGUGAUAUUUUAAUUAAAGUGGAACAAUGUUUAGCACAUACCACAAGGAUUUUCAGGCUUGUAUAAUAGCAGUGUAGCCUACCCCUCAAGAGUUCUAACAAUGUGAUGUGCAUCAUAAGUCAGAAUUGCCUUGGUUGUAGAGAUUUAUACUUUAGAUCUUUGGAAGGACAUAUCAAUAAAAUGGUGUGUUCAUA